AUGGAUGCAGCACAGAGCGUAAACGGCAAGUUACUCAUGCCCACAUCGCUGUGCAAUUCGGCUGGCCUCAAAGACGGCGAUACCUUUGUCACCAAGUACAAGAACGGUCGCACUACCAUUCGUGUCAAACAUCCCGACGGAACAAGGUCGAAGAAGACUAUCAAGACUGGGGAUAUCAAGAGAACAGUUCCGGCCUGUGGUGCGACUCCUUCGAACGGAAGCGAUGCUACGUGCUGUGAGAAAGAGCGUGAGAGGCUAGAGUACGAGAGCCAGAAAAGGGAGGUCGAAAGACAUAACAAAAAGAUCGAUAAGCAAUUGGAAGAUGCUGCAAAGCAGUUGAAUGCUCCUGAGAAGGAGUGGGAUGCUUCCGAGAAGGAGUGGAAUGAUGCGAAGAAGUUCGGAGAUGAAGAUAAGAGAAGGUGUUGUGUCGUCAUGUAA